AUGCUGGGCCCCCUUGCUGUCCUUUAUGUCAUCCUGUUUCCCGGUGGCCAUGCAGAGACCAGGCUGGAGCAGCCAGCAGUAGUCGUGGCGCGUGAGGGUAGCUCAGCCACCCUGCUCUGCACAGCGAACACUAAGGUCAGCUACACCUGGUACAUCCACCAGGAGGGAAAGGCCCCGCAGAGGCUCCUCCGCCUGGCCAUGUACCAAUGGGAUGUCCAGUGGGAUUCGGUCGAGAAAGUGGAUAAAGUCAAUGCCAUAGAGGCCAAGGAUGGUUAUAGCUGUACCCUGUUAUUGCUGAAGCUGGAGAAACGUGACGAGGGCUUGUACUACUGCGCUGCCUGGGAAUGUGAUAACGUAGGCUGGAUCAAGAUAUUUGCACAAGGAACUAAGCUCAUAGUAACUCCCCCAGAUAGAAGCCUUGAUGCAGACAUUUCUCCCAAGCCCACAAUUUUCCUUCCUUCAAUUGCUGAAAGAAGACUCCAUAAGGCUGGAACAUAUCUUUGUCUUCUUGAGGACUUUUUCCCUGAUGUUAUUAAGAUAGAUUGGAAAGAAAAGGAUGACGAAACAAUUCUCAAAUCGCAGCAGGGAGACACCAUGAAGACUAAUGACACAUACAUGAAAUUCAGCUGGCUGACCGUGAGUGGAGUGUCAAUGGAUAAAGGACACAAAUGUAUCGUCAAACACGAGUGGAAUAAAGGAGGAGUUGAUCAAGAGAUUCUAUUUCCUUCACAGAAAAACA